GCUACUUAUGUAGUAGUACCAUUGCCGCGUGUAUUCGUCAUUUUUUGAGCGAGUAUUCCCCGCCAAUAUAAGAUUUAAGGUUAUGGAGUCACUAUUGAUACGUAUAUGCGUUUAAAGCAGCCCAUUAAGAUUGUGACAUAGAAAAUAUUUUCUUACAAUCGUAUAUAGCGUAUUUGUUCACGUAUGCACAGACUACAAAUUUUGAUGUAAUUUAAAACACGGUGAUUUUCAACAUGGAAGUGGCUCCAAUGGGCAACUUGUCUUGCAGCAAGGAACUAUGGUCCAUCAUAUCUAGCACAACAUGUUGCUGCGCUAAAGAGACCGUCGAAGAGGAAAUAAAGAACAGCACUGUUUUAUUAAAGGAAGGACUUCAAUUUUUUAAGCCAUAUACAGAUGCAUCAUUACAAAGCAUUUCCAAAAGAGAUCCACCACCUCUACAACAAAUGUAUGAUUUGAUCAGUAAACUUGCUCCACUUCUUAACUUGGAUGCCACAAUUACUUGGGACCUGGUGUGCAAUUUUGUGUCCUAUGAAUAUAGAAAUUGCGCUGAGACUUUUGCAUCGCAGCUGUCUGAUCUUACCUCUACAAGAGCGCUAAUCGAUGAUAUCUGGAAUUUUUAUUACUCUGAGAGAAUAACCCUGAUAAAAUGCCUUAAAUUGAUGAUUGAAUAUAAAGAUAACAAAAGACAUCCUCAUCACAAAGAAUUUACUGAAUUUUUUAAUGAAGUUUUAAUGGGAAAUUUGCUUGAAUCUGUACGAAAGCAAAUAGAGGCAUUGAAAUUUAUAAAUUCUCCUACGCGGUCGCAAUUCUGUACCGAGGAUCAUUUACAUCGAUUGUAUAAUAGUACUUUAAUUGAAAUGCGCGAAUUGCUUCACAUACUGACUGUGAUCAUACAUGAUGUACAUAUCCCUAGUAACGAAUUCGCUAAGUUGUAUGGCAGUAUUGGAGGUGAACCUAGACGAUUAGUCAGUACAAAAAGCCACGAAGACAAAGAAGCUAUCACUAAAAAGCUUGAAGAAAUACAAUACAGUCAAACAGCGUUGUUACUUGUAACACUAGAUAUAGAUAAACAUACUGGUAUGGAAGAUUGGAUAAAUGGUGUCAGAAACGAUAUGCAAGAGAUCUUUGAGCACAAAUGUGUCCGUGAAAAUUUAACACAAGAUGGACCGUUACUUCUAUCAUGGAUGCUAGCAAAUUAUGCGAUUGAUCCAGACAACAUGGACACAUUAAAUCGCUUUAAACCCUUUGGUAUAAAAGCUAUACAAUUGGAUGUAUUUCAAUAUCUGCGAGAUUUAAUAAACUGCGAGAUGUUUCAAGAAGAAACUCAUUAUGCCGAAGUUGUGCAAAGCAGCAUUUACAAUCUUCUUUCUUUGGUGUGCGUCUUUGUCGACGAGGAUCGAUUAAAUGCUUUAACUGGCAUUUUUGAUGCUCUGGCUGCCAUAGUCAAGUUUCCAGAAUGUGCAGCUAAAUUCUGGGACGAACCGUGCGACAGUAUACGGACGAUUUAUAAAGUUGCCAAAGAAGUAUAUCCUUACAAAUUCGAACCGUUAACCAAUAUAGCUAUUGGUUUAGCAUCUACAACAAUUACGAGUGCUAAAAAGAUCGCGUCGGAGUUGGAUAAUCUACAAACAGUGACCAUAGAGAUUCCUCGUCAAAGGGAUUAUAAUAAACCGCUACAACCAUAUGAAGUGGAUUGUAUAAUUCACAAGAACUCGUUUACUAUACCCAGCAAUUGCGUGCGCGAGAAUAUUACCGUGUUGUCCAAUGAGAAGGAAGUAGUUUUGUUCCGUACAAAGGCAAGUUACUGGGAUGCCUUGCAUCAUAAAAUAGAACAGCUAUUUUCUCAAGCGAGCGGCGGAAUUAUGAAUGUCAGUGCGGUGAAAACUGACCUACCAGAAAACGUUUGCCAAGGCCUAAAAUUGUUGGAAGCAUUAUUAACUCAAGAUAUCGAGAUACCGUCGAGCAUGGUUGCUCCUACAGAAUUAAGUUUGGAAAUUAUCAAUCGGUUCUCGUAUCCGGUACUACCGACGAACUUGUACAGAAUUGUUGCUGUGUGCAUCAGCAUUUCGUCAAAAUUGGUUUUGAGAUAUCCCGAAGACAUUAUCUCGCGAAUGCGAUCCGGUGUUUAUCCAAAAUUUAAUAACUGGGAUCAGAAGCCGUUAGACUUUGCAGAGGCGAUUUCAUUUGACAGCGGUCUCAUCGCAUCGUGGCUCUCGGGAAUAGAAACUAUUGAACACACGUAUCCCAUUCUACGCGCAUUUCUGGAUACGUUGUACAAUUAUUUGAUCGCAAAGCACAGCAAAGAGGCUAUGUAUACUAUUGAAAUACCGGGUAUGGUGUUUCUGCUACAAGCCGUGCUACCCAAAUUAGACUCGUGGUAUUUCGAGUCAAAUACAGAAAGAAUCGAUCUAUGGCUAAAAAGUAUGUUUUGCAUCCAUCGAGCUCUGGAUUCGGCUUUGCCGAAGAACGACAUUCGUAACGAGUUGCAGCUUGUUGUAGUAUAUAGUCUGCUUUACUUGGAGCCGCGUCACGCGCUACUAAAAUUACUUCGCACGGGCGAGCGCACAUUGCACAAUAAAAUGAUAACGGAGACAAAUUGGAUCAAUGGAAAAGGAUUCAAGGUCAUCAAGAGUGUAGAACUCGCCUUGUCCAUAGUUAAUCGACUCUUGAUGUUUCGGAAAUCUCUGGGGCUAGAAUUGAGCGAUCGGUCACCCCUCGAAAUUGCUUUGUAUUCUUCUCCGAGAGUACCCAAUGGACUUCUCAUAGUGCCGACCAUCGUUAAUUAUCUUUACGUUUGGUUCAGUCCUUCGUUACAGAAAAUGGCUGUGAGACUACUGAAGAAAUUUGCAGAGGAAUUCUCAAUGUCCUUGCUCGUUUGCAUGGGAAUGGAUGGCACGUCUAUACGGGAGACCUUCGCGUUUCGGUUAACUCUCCCGACGUGCGCGAUCGAAGUCAAAGUCGCUAUCUUAGAAUUGGUUGCCGUGUGUCUAGAGAAACAACCUGGCUUGACAGAGGCUCUCUUUAAUAUCAUGCAUCAAGCGGAACGCAAGAGGAUCUUUCCACGUCCAGCCGAUGAAUUUCUCACCGAAGGUUGCAGUCAAUUUCUGGACUCAUAUUUGGAACGAAUGUACAAGGAGGAUGAUAUUGUGUGCGACAAAUUGUACGACAGCACGAUGACAGUAUUGCGCGCCAUGUGGUAUCACAGAAACGAGAUCCUCGUUAAUUUCUUCCGGAAACGAGAGAAGUUCUGGAGCCAUCUGUUCGCGCCACUUUUCAAACCUUUAGUGGCAGGCGCGAAGGGUUAUUCUCAACUGUUAGAUGUAAUUACGUUGGAAUUAUACAAAAGCCCAUUAUUGGAGAACAAUUUCUCGAAAAGUCUGAGAGAGCUGUUGGACAAAUCCAAGGAUCACUGGAAAAAAUUAGCUAUGUAUGUUCUCGAUGUUUCUGCAAACGGCGAAGGCGAGAAUAAUAGGGAACAGCACACAGGUCAGAAUAGACUCAUAGAACCGUUGUAUGAAAUCAAUUUGGAGUCUUGGUACCACUUUAUCGUUAUGCUCACUGACGAUCGAACGGCGAAAAAUUAUCCGAUCAACGUAACACAGGCACAUCUCCUGACUCAGCUGGCUUUAGACUCUCUAUUGAAGCGAGUGAAGGAAUCUAUCAGUGAUGUUAGCAGCGGCAAGAUCCCCAUGUUGCUGGCUUCCUUAUCCCUGAGAUGUAUCACCUCCUGGAAACAGAUGUGUGUUGGUGAUUCGAGGAUCUUCAAAACCAGACUGUCGCAACUCACGCAAGAGAUAGCUCAAACUUAUCGUGGUUUCGGGAAGGCUCUACGGCAGACGAUGAUCUCGUUACUACUUGGAUGCGUGCAACUGGUCAAGAGCACUCUAGCCGAAGAUUCAGCGAGCCUGGAAUAUCUUUUAGCGCACUCUUGUACGAUUGCUAUUUGUGAAUUAGAGGAAUUGAAGGAAGCUGCUCUUCAACUAGAACGUCGAAAGCAACAAUUCUCCGUCGAUCUGAAAACUGACGAGAAAGGUACGCAGAAGAAGGCCGAUUGUGCUCAAAGCGCGGAGGCACUUCGUGGUAUGCGAGAAAGUCUACCGGCGACAUUGGCUAUCAGCAUGGUGACGCAAUUGUUGCGAUCGUACGUUGAACGGAACGUAAAUUUCAAGCAUCAUCUGAGAGCCAGUUGCGUGCAACUUCGUCAAAUGAUACCUGAACUGAUGGUGUGCGUCGGUUAUACGCUUCAGAAAUAUCCGUAUCUGAAGUUCAGUGCGGCGGCCAUGAGCCUGCUGGGUGUCAUAUCACGUUCACCGUAUUGUCCGUAUCCUAUCAACAACAACGACAUCACGAAGCUCUGGCUUGGCUUGAUUCCACCAGCGGAUAUUGCCAACAGUAUGCUCGACUCGCUGUACGACGACUCGGCGAACGGUCAGUGGCGUUGCCAGGACUGGUGGCCAUUGUACACACUGGGGUUGGAAUUUCUUGUAGGUUUGGUCAACAGCGAAACGCGCAUGAUGUUCGUCAAUCACGUGGUGGUUUUCUUGAAUUCUCACGAGCAUCAGUUGAUGGUGGUAUCUACGUUGCUGAGGCACACCGCCGAUCUGCUGGCUGCCGAUCUGAUACAAUCACUGGUCGCCCUCAUACAUGCCAUAGCCACGCAGACGUACGUUUGGAACGCGAUCGAGCCGAGCGUACGCGAUACUCUCAUCAAGUGCAUGUAUCUGGCGUACGACAGUACGGUGAACCUGCUAUUGCGACCGCGGAUACUCAAAUUCAUAAUCGACGGUAUCAGCGUGGAGAGCGCUGAGGAGCUUGAGUCCUGCGACAAUCGGUUGCCCAGCGGCGAGCUGAAACUCUUGGUAAAUAAGCUGAUCGUCAUAAACACCACCUGCGCGCUGAGCUUCGUCCACUUCUCGCCGAAACUGAACACCUUGGUAGACACGAUAUACACUCAAGACUAUUGGUAUACACCGAUGGCCGAGAUGAACUUCGGACCGCCACAGAUGAGUAUGAGCUCCGGACCGCAGCUCACCUACGGCACGAUCAUCAGCUCGACGCAGCUCUUCACCCAGGCUCUUCACUCUCGCUCGCAGCCCGUUGUUACCUCGCUCCCAGCCUCCUCGACGUCGCAGCCUGGUGGACGCGAAGAUAAAACGGAUUCCGCGAAGAAAGAGUGGGAGCGCGCCGCGCCGGAGAAUCUCCGGCGCAUGCAUACGAGCAAGGAUUUACGACGAAUCAUUCACGCUGCUUCCGGAAGUUCCACCUCUAGAACGUCGUCCAACAUUGCCGGAGAAUUCCUAGGAUACGUCAGCGGCCUGGACGUCACCGUGCCAUUACUCAGCAGUCCUAGACUCCUGCGUCGGCCCUACGAUCCGCUAAUAUGUGAGAACACUAUUCUAUCGCGAGCGACCGCUCUGGCGACCGGUAGACACGUCACGAAGAGCAGCGGCAGCGGGGCUGCUGGCGUAACUCCGGGUAACGGCAACGGCCCGAUCGUAGUGAGAAAUCAUAGAUUUAGCGAUCCAUGGUUCGAAUCUAUGGAUGAGAACAAUACGCGAUUAGCACUGGAAAUCAAUCUCGUCCUAAUAUUGUCACAGGCUCUGGAAGGGGUGAAAAAUCCUAGGCUCGCUUUGCGAGAUCGUCAGCUUAUAGCACGCGAGACCGACACCGAGCUGGGAGUCUUCUUCGAAUUUCUUGAACAUCGCGGCACUCCUGAUAUUUGGCAAGUGAAGGGUUCUCUGAUAGACGCGGAUACAAGGAGCUCCAGAACAAUUCAAGAUACGAGCGAUCCGACACAAACGAAUUUACUAGCUAGACUCCAGAAGGAGAGUACUAUUGAUAAAGCACCGGUGUGUUUAGCUGACCACGAAAGUUUCUCGAUGCCGACAUAUCGAACGGAAACACAAGAAAAAAGACUUGACGACAGUGUCCUCACUACUGGCGUCUUCAAAACGAACGUCAGCAGUGUACAAUUCUUACCAUUAAUGGGAAAAUUACUUAAGACAGUUGUCGAGUCGUUGGACUCGGCACAAUUCCGAUAAACAAUAUUUUGAAAUGUAAUUCUUAACAUACAAUUUAUUAUUUGGAAAUAUGGAAAGCAAAUUUAAUACUCUAGAACAAUGAAUACAAAUCGAGUACAAAUUAAGAGCUACGUUUUUAAACAUAAAAAAACUGCCACUUUUUUACAUAAUUGUAAGUAAAUAAUUUGACAUAACUAAACAUGUAUAAUAUAAUUAAGCAUUGUUUGUGUGAUUAUUUUGCGAAAGAUAAGUCUGCAAAUGUUAUAGUAAUUGAUAAUGUACUGUAAUAGUAAUAAAUAUAAUAAUGUUCUUUCA